UACUUUCAUCUACAAUUGUACAUAGUGAGAGAAAACUCAGCAGUUGCUCCUUCAGCAAGAAAACUUGACAAAACCCAGAACAACAGGAGAGAGAAAAGCGGCACACGCACUAUCGACGAACAACUCGAUUUCCUCGAAUUCAGCAGGACUUUAUUUGAUCACCAAUACUAAACAACAAUGUCCAAUUUUCUGCCUGCAACCACAGAAUCCCUUGAACAGGCUCUGGAAGCAAAUAGCGCUGCAGAGUCUAUUACCAUUCUGCAGCGAGUGCUUGCAGAUCCAUCUUCUUCACCUGAUGCUUUGCGCAUAAAGGAACAGGCAAUCACAAAGCUCACUGAUUAUCUUAGGCAAGAAAACAAGGCUGAAGAUCUUCGGAUUCUUUUGACCCAGUUGAGGUCCUACUUUUCUAUGAUUCCCAAAGCUAAAACUGCAAAAAUUGUGCGAGGAAUCAUUGAUACAGUGGCUAAAAUACCUAAUUCAACUGAACUCCAGAUCUCCCUUUGCAAAGAUAUGGUACAGUGGACUCGUGACGAGAAACGAACUUUCCUUCGCCAACGGGUUGAGGCCAGACUCGCUGCUUUGUUGAUGGAGAUCAAGGAGUACUCUGAAGCGUUGUCUCUCCUUUCAGGUCUGAUAAAGGAGGUCAGAAGAUUAGAUGAUAAACUUCUCUUAGUGGACAUUGAGUUACUGGAGAGCAAGCUUCAUUUCUCUUUGAGAAAUCUUCCCAAAGCAAAGGCUGCCCUUACUGCAGCUAGAACAGCAGCCAAUGCCAUAUACGUUCCUCCAGCUCAGCAGGGGACAAUAGACCUGCAGAGUGGGAUACUCCAUGCCGAGGAGAAAGACUAUAAAACUGCCUACAGCUAUUUCUUUGAAGCUUUUGAGGCCUUUAAUGCUCUUGAGGAUCCCAGAGCAGUAUACAGUCUGAAAUACAUGCUUUUGUGCAAAGUCAUGGUGAAUCAAGCUGAUGAUGUUGCUGGUAUAAUAUCUUCAAAAGCAGGCUUGCAGUACUUGGGCCCUGAUCUUGAUGCGAUGAAAGCUAUUGCUGAUGCUUAUUCAAAGCGUUCUCUGAAACUCUUUGAGGCUUCAUUGGUAAACUUUAAGGAUCAACUGCAAGAAGAUCCUAUUGUUCACAGGCAUCUAUCAUCUCUUUAUGACACUCUGUUGGAGCAGAAUCUUUGCAGACUGAUCGAGCCAUUUUCAAGGGUUGAGAUUGCCCACAUUGCUGAAUUGAUCGAACUUCCUCUUGAUCAUGUGGAGAGGAAACUAUCUCAGAUGAUUUUGGAUAAGAAAUUUGCAGGGACUCUUGAUCAGGGUGCAGGAUGUCUUAUUAUCUUUGAUGAUCCCAAGACCGAGGCUAUUUAUGAAGCUACGCUGGAUACCAUUUCCAAUGUUGCAAAGGUUGUCGACAGCCUUUUCGUCAGAUCUGCUAAGAUUAUGGCGUAAGGGUACAAGCCUUAGGGUCUCAAAAUGCUCCUGUUGUGGUUCUAUGAAAGCUAUUCGGAGUUAUAGUCUGCCAUUGUCUUUAAAAACGAAAAUUUGUAGAAACUUUUUUUGAUUUCUGUGUUUGCAUAUCGUCUCAGAUCUAGCUUGAAAUAGAUAUUUACCAGUCGAUGUCUAAUUUUGUCAACGGCAUUUGAAGAAUUGCUUUUGUUUAAUAGCAAGGGCAAUAAAUAUCUGUAGGUGAUGCUGCUUGACGUUUGCUUUCUAUUUGAAUUGCUAUUAUUUCUGGUGUUACAUCUGGUAUAUGCUGAUGUGCAUAUAGGUAUUUCACAAAUGGUUUCAAUUCUUCUUUAACAGAAGAAUUAUGAAUUCUGUGUUACAUUUGUCAUUUCAAAAUCACCAUUUUUUUUCCUGAGACA